GCGUUGAGGUGCUCCAGUACCGAGUACCCAAGAGACAAGCCUUGCUCCUUGCAUUAUGGCUACUAGCAACCCAGGAAGCUUUCCGAAGUACGGCCGACAGAUUCGGCCUCGAACGAUGCCAUGCUUUUCGCCUUUGGAUGAAGAUCUGGGAAGAACUUUAUGACAACAGCAGCCACUGGAUUUCUUUGCCUACCGGAGAUGCCGCUCUUCAAAAAAUGGAAGAAUUUCAGAAAGUAGGUUUCCCAGGUGUUAUUGGUGUCGUUGAUGGAUGCUAUAUCGCAAUACCAGGCCCCCUGAUGAUGAUUCCUAUUACAAUCGAAAGAAAGUUCAUUCGGUCUUGCUGCAGGGUAUCUGUGAUGCAGAUAUGCGCUUUAUGGAUGUGUUUUGUGGGUUUCCUGGUUCAGCCCACGAUGCUAGAGUUUGGACUGAAUCACCUCUCGGGCAAGCAUUAGCUGCCGAUUGGCAGACAAUGCUGCCAAAAGACAGUCACUUUUUGGGAGACAAGGCAUACCCAUCCUUAAAUUACUUGGUCGUACCAUUCAAAAAUGAUGGUCAAAUGACCCCCCAAAGAAAGGCCUUUAACAAAAAGUUAUCGAAGGUUCGAGUAAAAAUUGAACACGCUUUCGGUAGACUGAAAGGUAUCUUCACUCGAAUGAAGUAUCUACGAAGAAAAUUUAAAGUAUGCCAAAUAUUAUAUUAUUUCUGCAUGUGUUCUUCACAAUGUCGUUUUGGAAGAAAGGUACCAUUUAAGAGACCUACAGUUUGAAAUGCACGAGGAAGUA